ACGUCCAAGGGAGCCGGGGUGCAUCAGUGGAACCUCCUCCCUCUGAGAGCUUUUCUCCUCUGGAUGUUAUGGCUGAAAUGCUGAAUCCGCCGGGCCUGCUGACUAUGCCCCGGAGCCCCACCUCCAGUGAGGAUGAGAUGGCCCAGAGCUUUUCCGACUACUCCGACGACUGCGCCUCCGACAGCUCCCGCGAAGAGACCAUUUACGAGACGAUAAGAGCCACGGCCGAGCCGUCACAGAGCCGCAUGGACGACAUUCACACAAACUCGCUGGUCAUCCGAGUCCUCAUCCCCGACCUGCAGCAGACGAAAUGCAUGCGGUUCAACCCGGAUGCGACGGUCUGGGUGGCCAAGCAGCGGAUCCUGUGCACACUAAACCAGAGCCUGAAAGACGUGCUGAACUAUGGGCUCUUCCAGCCCGCCAGCAACGGCAGGGACGGCAAGUUCCUGGACGAGGAGCGCAUCUUUCGGGAGUACCCCCAGCCAAUCAGCAAGGGGGUCCCAGCUCUGGAGUUUCGCUACAAGAGCAGAGUGUACAGGCAGCCCAACGUGGACGAGAAGCAGAUCGCCAAACUUCAUACGAAGGCCAACCUAAGGAAGUUCAUGGACCUCAUCCAGCAUAAUCAGGUGGACAAAGUGUCAAAGAUGCUGGAGAGAGGCCUCGAUCCGAACUACCAUGACAGUGACACUGGUGAGAGUCCGCUGACGUUUGCGGCUCACCUUGACAAUGUGGUGGAGAUGAUCAAGGUGCUGAAGAACGGAGGAGCUCACCUGGACUACAGAGCCAAAGACGGCAUGACGGCUCUGCACAAAGCUGCACGCUCCAAGAACCUCGUCUCCCUGACGACCCUGCUGGAGCUGGGAGCGUCUCCAGACUACAAGGACAGCCGCGGUCUGACUCCUCUGUACCACAGCGUGGUGGUGGGAGGAGACCCGGGCUGCUGCGAGCUGCUGCUGAACCACCAUGCCACCGUCUGCUGCCAGGACGAGAACGGCUGGCACGAGGUCCACCAGGCUUGUCGUCACGGCCACGUGCAGCACCUGGAGCAUCUGCUAUUCUACGGAGCAGACAUGAGCGCGCAGAACGCCUCGGGGAACACUGCUCUCCACAUCUGUGCCCUAUACAACCAGGAUAACUGUGCCAGAGUGCUGCUCGUGCGCGGAGCCGAUAAAGAAGUGAAGAACUACAACAGCCAGAGUCCAUUUCAGGUCGCUAUUAUUGCCGGGAACUUUGAGCUUGCAGAGCUGGUAAAGAACCACAAAGAGACAGAUAUAGUGCCUUUCCGCGAGGCUCCAGCCUACUCCAAACGCCGCCGGGGUCCGUCGUCUGGCAACGGCAGCGGAAACGACCAGUCCCCUUCCUCGCUGUCAGCACCGCGGGUCCUCCUGCGCUCCAACAGUGACAACAACCUAACAGUCAGUCAGUACCAGCAACAGCACGGUUCUCCUGGCAACUGGGCCCCCCAUCUGCAGCAACACGCCCAGCCCCACCCACACAGGGCCCCCCAGCAGGGUCACUCGCAGCCUGGCUCCUCAGCGUUACACCGCAGCCUGUCACCCCAGCUGCUCCAGCAGAUGCCCAGCGGCAGCCCAAAUGGCAACGUGGUGGUCCGGACCAUGGGGAGGGGGGCGAGGAGCCGGUCACCCUCCCUCAGCCGGCUGGGGGAGGAGGCCCGGCGGGCGCAGCCUGCACAGCGCCAGCCCAGUCCCAGCAGUCACGGCGAGGCGGUGGGCACCCGGAGGAAGCUGUACAGCGCCGUCCCUGGGAGACAUUUUGUGGUGGUUCGUCCGUACAUCGCCCAGGCCGAGGGAGAGAUCAACCUGUACAAGAGCGACAGGGUCAAAGUUCUGAGCAUCGGAGAGGGGGGUUUCUGGGAGGGCAGCGCCCGUGGCCAGGUGGGCUGGUUUCCAGCCGACUGCGUGGAGGAGAUCCCGGCCAAGGCCACCGAAGAGAGGAGCUACUCCCGAGCGGACCGCGCCGACAGACGGAAGCUCUUCAGACACUACACUGUGGGCUCGUACGACAGCUUUGAUGCCUCCAGUGACUGCGUGGUGGACGAGAAGACCGUGGUGCUCCAGAAGAAGGAGAAUGAGGGAUUUGGCUUCGUCCUGCGUGGGGCAAAAGCGGAUACGCCCAUUGAGGAGUUCACUCCCACGCCCGCCUUCCCUGCGCUGCAGUACCUGGAGUCGGUGGAUGAGGGAGGUGUGGCAUGGCAGGCGGGGCUCCGGACAGGAGACUUCCUCAUCGAGGUGAACCAGGAGAAUGUGGUGAAGGUGGGCCACAGACAGGUGGUCAACAUGAUCCGCCAGGGAGGAAACCGGCUCCUGAUCAAGGUGGUGACGGUGAGCCGGAAUCUGGACCCCGACGACACGGCACGCAAAAAAGCUCCUCCACCGCCGAAGCGCGCCCCGACCACCGCCCUGUCCAUGCGCUCCAAGUCGAUGACCUCGGAGCUGGAGGAACUCGACAAAGUGGAAGAGAUGACGCACGCCCAGAAGGCCUCGCCCGUUGACAUGAAGAUCGCAACAAUCAAACCACGGCCGUCCAGCCGCUGCCUGGUCACAGCAGCUGAUAUGAAUUCCAUGUACCACGAACGGCAGGGCGUCGCCGUGGUGCCACCCACCGUGCCCGGAGCGUUUCUGGGUCUACCUGAGAAGAGCACGCUGAAGAAGCAGAAGUCCAUAGGUACGACAGAGGAGGAGAAGGGAUAUCUCACACCUCCGCUGCUGAAGUUCUCCCGCAGCCUCUCCAUGCCUGACACCUCAGAGGACAUCCCUCCUCCUCCGGCCAUCUCACCCCCGUCACCACCAGACUACAACUCCGCCGCUGGCCCGACGCCCAAGAGCUACGGCACUACACGACCCAGCUUCACCCAGAACUCAGCCAAUGCAGUGAAGACCAUUAACCGAGCCGACGCCGGCACAUUGAGGCGCGGCUAUUUCCGCCAGAGCUCGGAGCAGUUCGAGAGCACGCGCACUCGAGGGCGCACGCCGGUGCCGGAGAACCCUUACUCCGAGGUGGGCAAUAAGACACUGUACGUGCCAGCCAAACCAGCUCGAAGGAAGGGCAUGCUAGUGAAGCAGUCCAAUGUGGAGGACAGUCCAGAGAAAGCGUGUCACAUGCCAUCGAACCCCUCGGGCGCGGUUUCCAUGCCCACAACACCAGUAGAGCGAACAUGCUCCUCCAUCCCCAUCCCCACCAUCAUCGUCAAGGAGCCCUCCACCAGCAGCAGCGGCAAGAGCAGCCAGGGUAGCAGCAUGGAGAUCGAGCCCACCACGCCUGAACACCCGCCUCUCACGCCCGCUGUGUGUGGUCUGCGUCCUGAGGACCCCAUGUCUCUCAGCAACCCCUUUGCUGCAGCUAUUGCUGGGGCGGUACGGGACCGUGAGAAGAGGCUUGAGGCAAAAAAGCACUCCAUCGCCUUCCAGUCAAUAGACAUUGGGGAUGACGACUUCAGUAGUCCCACGCCGACUCCUCGCCUCCGCCAGUCAAAAUCCAUCGAUGAGGGCAUGUUCAGUAGCGAUGAGCGGCUUCGUAGGAUAUUGGGGCCACCUUCCACAGCGCAGCUUGGUCCUCCUGUUGGGGGCGGCAGUGGCAACAUGACAGAUUUCAACACUCCUGAGCCCACGGUGGUGCGGGAGCCUCUAAACACCAGAACAGGCCAGUGUCCCAACCUGGACAGUCCUGUUAGUCUCCCAUCCACUCCUCCGAAGAGCCACUACAGGGCCAACGGGACCUACCUCCAUCCUGUCACCGGCAAGCCCUUGGAUCCCAACUCUCCGCUUGCUCUGGCCCUGGCCGCUCGUGACCGGGCGAUGAAGGAGCAACAGAACCAUCCGCAGAAUCAGCCACCAAAUCCUCCUCAGGUUCAGCAAACGCCCAAGCACGAAGCCCAGUCCCUCCCGAUUCAGCCAAGCCACAAACCAGACCUCAACCAACCGCUGUUCAUCGACACCAAGCUACGCUCCGGGAUUGAGACGAGUUUCGCUGCAAUCUCCUCAGCGACCAUGGGAAGACCGGGCCGAGGCGGCCUGCGGAGGCAGUUGACAGAGCAAAAGUACGAGACCGAUGGGGCGAGGGAAGAACGGCAGCAUCAGGCAGUGGAGGAGAGGAAAAGUGCGCCGGCGGAUGUGGCUGACUCGUCACAGCCCAAGUCAACCGGGCUGCUGAUGGUCCACACCAGCAACGAAGCGAGCAACAAGGUGAACAACCAAGACGUGGAGGGGCAGGACAGCAACAGACCAUCUGAGCUCAAAGACCCCAACCAACCCGAACCUCUAAACGCUAACACACUGUCUGCCAAUCCUGCGCCGCAGUCCCUGAGGAGGCGGAGCAUCCCGUUAGGAGAGUCCUUGGAUGAACCGGUGAAGCUGCCCUUCCGCAUCCCCCCACCGCCUCUCGCCUCAGUCGACAUCGAUGAGGAUUUUGACUUCUCAGAGCCCCUCCCCCCGCCACUGGAGUUUGCCAACAGUAUUGACAUUCCUGACGAUCAGGCGAGUGCCAUUGCAGAGAUGCUUCAGCAGCAGAGACGGAACGGGGGCCCCGCUCUGCCCCCGUACCACGCUCACGCCCCGCCGCCCGUCUCUGAUCAACACAAGCGGGUGUCAAACAGCAUGCCACCCACGUAUCCCCCCCCUCCCCCUGACUCCGAGUCAGGGGUGGGUGACUCGGGGAUUGAAGAGGUGGACAGCCGCAGUAGCGGGGACCCUCAGCACAUGGAGACCACCAGCACCGUUUCCAGCAUCUCUACGCUGUCGUCAGAGGGCGGUUUCUGCGACAGCGCUCUGGAGAGCCUCUACGCCACCGCAGACGGACACGCCUUCCUGGUGGAUCGGCCCCCUGUGCCGCCCAAACCCAAAGGCAAGUCGGUCAUCAACAGAACAUCGCUUUACCACGACGCUCUCAUCGAAGAGCCUCCGGAGUCCUACGGGUCCCCGCCUCAGGCCCCUCCCCCUCCCCCUUCAUCCUCUGAACCUCCCAGGACUCCCACUCAAAGGACAUCCAAGCUGUGGGGUGAUCAGCCCCCCGAGCUGCGCAGCCCCCCCUCCACACCGGACAGCAAGAACACCGUCAUCACCGAGCUGAGCUCCAUCCUGCAGCAAAUGAAUCGCGACCGGCCCGCCAAGCCUGGAGAGAGCCUGGACUCCCCCACAGGGACCAGGGGGGGCUUCGGGACAAGGCCGCCGACAGACGACUCAGGAAUGCGUAACAACGCCACGGCUGCCGCCCUGACCUCCACGCCUCCCAGCAGCCUCCCGUCGCAGACGCACCCCUGCAGCCCUCCGGACUCUGGCUCCUCCCUCACCCCCUGCUCCUCACUGCCACCCUCCGUGUCGCCCACCCUCACCGACGUCUUUGGCCUGCCCACCCCGCCCAUGGGCAGCGGCGGCGGCUACAGCCUGAGCUCCUCGUGCGGUGGCAGUGGCAGCUCGCGCUCCCCAUCGCCGCUCACGCUGAUGCAGGCGGUGGCGGCCUCCGGGAAGCCCUUUGCCUCCAAACCCAUGGAGCUGUGGAGCAAGCAUGACGUGGCCGACUGGCUGGAGAGCCUGAACCUGGGCGAGCACAGGGACGCCUUCCUGGACAAUGAGAUCGAGGGCGCCCACCUGCCCUCGCUGCAGAAGGAGGACCUGAUAGACCUCGGCGUGACGAGGGUGGGCCACCGCAUGAACAUCGAGCGGGCCCUCAAGCUGCUGCAGGACAGAUAAGCCCCGAGGAGACGGGGUGGCGACGUGCGGAAUCAGGGCCGAGGAGAGGGAGGUGUUACCGACCACUUUUACCGAUCUCUUCAUCAGACAUAAUCUCAAGUCGUUGAACUGGGUAGAAGUUUUGUCCAAGCUGAUGCUGCCUCUUGCUGUUUUUGUCCUCUCUCAUCCUCCGUCGCCCUCAUCUCAGUGCUCCGGUCUUGUCCGCCCUCUUCUUCCUUCCCGCCGCCCCGAGCAUCAGGGGGUCACGGGAUGUCGGGCGGAGCCGCAGGGGGAGAGAGAAGAGAAGAGCUGCUACGUCACAUCGAGGAGGGGCCGGUACGAAGGACCCACCGGAAACUAACUGGAGGAGCAAGAACUCAAACGCUGGAAAAAAUACUCGUCUGGAAGUUUGUUCACAUAAAGACUUGUGCUCACCCAACUGCUUUGGAAUACUGAAGACUUUUUCCAUACACCCCAGUGUGGGUGCAUGAAAACCAGCUGAGCUGGUCGUUGCUCCUUUUCUAUCUUUGCUAGAGUUUGUUCAGAGAAUAAUAUUUCUUCACUAGAGUCCUACCGGAGUUAUAUUUCUGGGUGCAUCUAAGGUUGUAGAGAAAAUUUGAGAUAGACUCCAUUUUCUUUUGCUUUUCACCUGUUUGUGUCAAAAUAAGAACAUUAGCUGACAUGUUUAAAUGAAUACUAAACCAUAUCUCGUGUCCAUGCACACACACACACACACACACACAACACACACACACUUUAUGCACAGUGCCACACACACUGUCUUCACACACCUGAAGCAUGUAUACACACACCGUUACUGCGAUGGCCUUCUUCUCCUGAGAGAGAGCAAAGCGAGGUGGUCACCAGAGGAGGAGCUCUGCUGUAGCACGCUGCUCGCCACUCCACGCCCGCCGGUGUCCACCUCAUCACAGACAGGAAGACCGAGGGGAGGACACGAGGUACAAGACGGACAGACAAACGUUGGACCAGAAAAAUUCUCACCUUGAAACUUUUUUCCCAGCGUGUCUGUCUGUAAAGGGCGUCCUGCUCCCUCUUGGCUUUUCCUUCUACUUUUGUGUGUAUGUGUGUGUGCGUGUGCGCGCGUCAAUGGUUGACCCAAAAUAUCAUUAAGGCCAGUUUAGCUAUUUCCAAGGAUCUGCUAUAUAGGCCGCAGUGUAGGGAAACUAGAGCUGUUCUUUACUUUUGUACUUUACUUUCUCUUCAUUCUGUCAGAUCUCCUUCCUUCAGCGUCAGCAGGUCGACACAAACGGAUCAAACAAGUCGAAGGUUUUUAGAGAGAGAAUUACAAGGUUUGUUUAAAGGAACAGUUUGACAUUUUGGGAAAUACUCUUAUUAGCUUUCUUGAUGUGAAAUAGCUGAGCGAACAUUUAUCUCUCCUGACUGAUCAGCUGCUUCCACUGUCUGCGUCUUCCUGGAUAUUAUAUCAGUUUGUCAUGGAGCGUGUCCAGUAGUAGCCGACUGAAAGCUUCAAACAGAGCUGUUAGCAGAAGGCUAGAGACUAUUAACCUUUGUUUUAUCCUCCCAGCAACUGUGCAACUUUUAUCCUCCAGUUUAUUUGAUUGUUUAAAAAGCUAAAAGUAUAAAUCAUCACUUUAUGUGUUGUUACACAUUCUCAGUCAACCUGAUUCCAACUCACUACCACAAUUGCUCCUUUUUAAAAUGUAUCCGUGUUGAGCGGAGGACAACAGGAAGGUUAAUCUUGAGGUUUCAGUCUUUAUACUAAGCUAAGCUAAUGGUCAGUGGUAUCCAACUUCUUAUCAACUAUUACCAAGAAAAUGAAAAGCGUAUUUUCCAAACUGUCAGUUUGUGGCUGUCAGUCGAUAGCAUUUUAUUGACUUUGAAUCCUGUCGGAGGCAUUUUUAAGCUUUCAACAAUUUUAAAAAUGACUCACAAGCAACAACCUGAAAUUCCAACUGAAAUUUGUAGGUUGAUAUUUUAAGAGCUAAAACUUACCAGAGGAGUGAUGUUUUCUAUAUCGCUCAAUGACUACCUAAACAUUUUGUACAUUAUUCUUUGUUAAUAAAAAACAGAGCGAGGACAUCAAAGAGACUCGUUGGCAUUAAAGCUAACUUGAGCUCAACUAAACAGCCGUUUAUAGGUACAAUUCUGUCAAAAGGAAUAUAAACAGCCUUCAGGAGAGAGUUUUCUCCUGGUAAAGAAGGCUGCAGACGUCACAGCGGCACUGGCCCCUGCAGAGAUCUUUUCUUAUUAGAAUAAUAAUCAGCAGAAUCACUCUUUGUAGAGCGACUUCAGCCAGAUGACGUGAACCCGUCGGCUCUCAGAGCAGAUGGAGAUCCUGUGGCUUCAGGGUUUUAUGUCGAAUUACGUGUUCACGUAAGUCCACAUGCCUCGUCCUGCCCUCUAAACCACUGUGCAAAAAAUAAGCAGAGAACAACCUGACAGAGCCGGCAGAUGUUGGUCAGCGUGAGCCCCGUGUGAGAUUAGACAGGGAUAGAAACCAGAUGAACUACUGGACUUUAAGCUCCUCCAAGUCCCAGAUUCUGAUCCAAGUCUCACCGGUGGUGUAGACAGGGUUUAAACUUUAUUAUAAGGGUCCAAUUUCAAACUAAAUCAGCAUUUAUAAAGCUGGAAAUGUGUGUGUUUGCUAGAGUUACAGGCUGGUCACAAGUAGAAGUACAGUUUGUGUUGAAAUGUGUAUAUAAGAGUGUUUAACAGGAUAAAAAUGUCUAUUUGAGUAUAUGUAUAGCUCUAUUUAAAAGGUUUAGAGGAAACAGAGAUUCUAUGAAGGUUGAUUUCUAGUUGCCAGAGCUGACCUGAAGCCCACCUUGUGGUGUCGUUGGCCCCUCAUCCUGCAGAGGAAGCCUUAAACAGCUCACAGCCCCUCCUCACUGUCCCUGCACCACUGUCGGUUUAACGCUCGGUAAAGAAAUGUGUUUUAUCUCAAAGUAGAUUCUUUCAGAGCACACCUCUCACGUGUGGUUCGAUAUGUGCUCGACAGUAACCCAACGUCUGAAAUAUAUAUCGUUUAAUUUGGUUUCAUCUCGCCCUCCGCAGCUUCAUGUAGGCGCAGCUUCGAGGAGACAAAUGAAACAUUCACAAGCUCUGUGUUCUGUGAACAUUAGCCGUACGUACAGAGGCUGGCACGGGACAAUGCUGCUAUAAUCCUGUUCCUGUUUGAACAUGUAACUUAUUUUAAAGCAAACAGCGACGUGUCGGAGCGGGUAGAAAAGCACAGUAUUUUUAAAGAUUUGUAUAGAGUUCUAUGAAAUUUUAUAGAGGUUAUCUGAACAAAAUCUGUUCAACACUGACGUGUGGAUUGCCAAAAAACGAAAUACUAUAUAGAUAAAAAACGUGGAUAUUAUUAGACUUAUGGGUUAUGUAAGAAGCAAUAUUUAUUCUGAAUGAAUCUCCUUGGUUGUGUUUUCUUUUCUCAUUUUAAAGUUACAUAUCAUGAUGCGAUCACUUGUCAGUGUUUUAAUGAAGUGUUGCCUAAAGUAGAAACACUUUCUGCUGCUGUAGUCGACCCAAAGCGACACUUUGCUGUUUUCAACCUCAACCCUGUCUCACAUGCUUUUGUGUCUAAGUGACUAAUAGGAACAACAAUUUUUGAACUGGUCCAGUUUUGAGAGAGAGCUCUGCAGCCAGCAGCCCAGAAACAGGCUGUGAUGUCAUCAUUCAUCAAUCAGCGUCAGUGUACGUCCACUAAAGGUGCUUCAGACUGUUGGUCCAGGUGUCUGACAGCAUUAUGGAAAGGAUAAAAGAAAUUAAACCUUUUUUCAAUACGAUAUGCACCGUUUUGCUUCAUUUCACAGGUCGAACAUGUUUAAAUACGUAACAGAUUCAGAGGUGCAUUACUCUCAUUUUUAACCCAGUUAGGGGACAUAAAUACGGUUGUCCAUUAAGUUAAAAAUAAUAAAUAAAUAUUUUUUACCUCUUUCCACAUAAUGAUUGUGACAAUGUGAUUUACGCUUGACAGAUAAAGUGUAUUUCUUCCAAACAUCACAAAGAAAAUGAAACCACAACUAAUAGAGUAUUGUGUCUGAAAACAAAAUCAUUCCAACUUUAUGGGCGAUAACUGUUCUAAUGCUUCAAAUGGGCCAAUUAUAGUCUGUUGAUAAAUAUUAGAGCAUAACAUGGCCAGAAAUGACAGUAAAAAAACCAUAUGUCAUACUACAGCAUGUCGAUUAUUGUCAAAAAUGGUCAAAUUUUAAAAUGCUUUAAAUGGCCCAAUUAUAGUCUGUUGAUACAUGUGGUAGUAUAGUUUUUCCCCAAAAAAGUGAAAAAAGCCAUAUUAUGGGAUGCCCAGGGUUUUCAAUGCACCACUUUACUUUUGAAUAAACAUUUUGCUACGUUUGGUCGGGCCUGAACUUGCUGCAAGCUUCGCUCAAAGAAAAGUCUCAUUGUGAAAUCUUGCAGUCGACUUGUUGUGGAAACUUAAGUUAGAGUUGGAGAGGUGGGCAGAGUUUGUUGUGUUGGCGAACAGAAAGCGUAGUUUCGUAGCAUAUUAAAAAAAAUUGUCACGGCUCAAUAUUUAACUGAUUUGGACAAUGUGGAAGAGAAACACACUCCACUCCAGAGAGUUUAUUCUCUAAUUUAGAGAGGCGUUUUGAUCUUCAUGAUCUUCCUCAGGCAAAACAUUUCUUAUAAUCAGCUUUAAUUGCAAUCAACUCCUGGUAGGCUCAUUUCCAUAAUGUCGUCAUUCACUUAUAUUAACAAUUGUAGCCUGCCAGUGUAAUAUAAUAUAAAUACUUAUCCUUAAAUCACCAGUAACAACUUCUGUUGAUUGUAAUAUUUGAUCAAGAAACCUUUCUGAUGCCACAUCCACCAAAACUAGAAUGAACUUUUUAUCAAAUGAAAACUUAAAGUCAUAGUAUAGUAUGUUGUCCACAUUACAGAAAAAAGUCAUACUAUAGUAUGUCAAUUUUUGUCAAAAAUGGUCAAAUUUUAAAUGCCUAAAAAUGCUAGAAAUGGUCCAAUUAUGCUCUGUUGAUACAUAUUAGAGCAUAAUAUGGCCAGAAAUUACAGAAAAACACCAUAUUAUGGGAUGUCCAAAAACUGAAGAAAAGUCAUACAAUAGUAUGUCGAUUUUUGUCAGAAAUGGUAUUAUUUUAAUAACAGUCGUAGCCUGUCAGUGCAAAAACUAACACUGGUAUUGGACGGACAUUGUCGGGGUACAGUUGCACAGGAUGAUUACAUUGCAGCUCUCUUUCUCUCUCUCUCAGUACUGGACCACUUUCAGAAACAUUUCCCCACAAAAACAUGGGAAAAUAAAAAAACAGGUUGAAAAAUAUCCAAAGUUUCCCUUUCGGACAUUUUGGCCAAUGAAGUGACCACCAAUCACAGGUAUCUUCUGACGACCACCACCUGCCUGAGCAGACUUCUCUCAUCUCCUGAAUCCCCUCAGUCUAGAGUGUGUGUAUAAACAAAAAAAAAAAAGCAAAAUGUAUAAAUUUAAAAAAAUAUAUAUAUCUGCAGGCCAUCUUGGUAGGAAAUAUAUGAAACCUAUAUAUAUGUAUACAUACAUAAAUCCACCAAAAAGAUUAGUGGUGGCUGCUGGUUCCUUUACGUGGAUCAACAUUGUCACUAAGCAGUUUUCUCUGUGGAAAUGUAGAGCUGAGUAGAUGUAGUAGGAAUCUUUAAAAGCAUCACCAGGCCGUGUUUAGGACAGGCAUGGCUCACUAACCCACAUCCACUCCCCUUCAAAACACUGCUCCCACCUUUAUCAUCGUCCAACAUUUGGGUAACUGUUUCUUUUUUUUCUUUCUUUCUUAAUUAAUUAUUUAUUUUUUUCAUUAAUAGAUUUUAUUCUUUGAUUAAGUCUUCAUAGAGGCUAAGAUGUUUUUUCGGUAAUUUGUGCAAAGACUUGUGUUCAUGUUUUCUAUGUUGCUGUAAUUUUGUGCUACUGAAUCAUCAUAGAGUCAACUAAUUACUGAAAUGAAAAGAGAGAGAAUUUUCCUGUAACUGCACUCUUCCUUCCCCCUGCCCCCUCAAAUCCUCGAGACUUCUUGUAUGGCAACCAAAAUUCACUGUAAGAAAUAAAUAUAAUAUUGCACUAG